AUGAGUAGCUACGGUAGCUACGUCGCCUACGGUGGUGGUCGUACUGGGGGCUCGCCUUACACCAGCUCCGUCGUCGAUCCCUAUGCUCGCAACCUCUCUAAUCAUUUCGAGUACAUUGAUGCCGAUCAUGGAAUGCUUCAAGAGCCGCAUCGUCACUCGGUGUCCAGAUUACAUGAGAAUCCGAUAGAAGAUCCCGAUGCCCCAGAUGUCAUCCUCGUGCGAUACAUGGCAUCUGUGUUUCCCGUCGAGUUCCCUCCAUAUUCCAUCAGCGAAGAGACUGCCUAUGUCAGUCACCUUAGAGAAGCCGUCGCCCGAUACCUGCAGACCGAUCCCAGAAGAGUCAGACUGGUGUACAAGAAACGCGUCCUCAAGCACGAUGGAUGGCCCCUGCGAAAAUAUAACAUGAAGCAAAACAGCGAGGUGGCAGUCAUCAAGACCGAGGCUGUGGAUUACAGUGAUAGAGAUAGUCAUUCCUCGGGUGGUGAGGACGUUCCUGAGCAAAACCCUCGACGCCGGCCGCGCGGCGUGUCUUCAGUCAGACAUCGUAGCGACGAAAACCUGCCACAGCAGAGACCAGAGCAGAGACCCACCGCUUCCUCCAGCUUCCUCCAUCCCAAUGGCCAUCUGUCUUCUGGGACAACAUCAGAACGGCAGUCUCGCACCAAUUUGAGACCAGAGCCUGAUGACCGCCCCCUGCGACGAGAGCCGUCUCGCACCCGAGGAACGUCUCCCCACCCCUCGGGGACCUCGACUCCGGUUCCAACGUCACUACCUGCAGCAGAUCCGAACACCCCAUUGGGAAAGUUACAAACUCUUUCAGAUAUUUAUCAUGAACAAUGGCUUCCCCUCUGCCGCAAAUUCAUCUCUAAUCCUCCUUCUUCUGCUCAAGACCGUGAGAGAGAACACCGGAAGUUGAGCGAGAGUGUCAUGACUCACGUUAUCCUAAAGGCGGACGCAAUCGAUGUGGAUUCCACGGACGCACGAGGUUUUCGGAAGGGCCUUUUGAACGAAAUCCAGGAGACGAUGAAGAAGAUAGAUGCUGUGGCCAAAGAAUGA